AUGUUUUCAACAACAACUAUUCCAACAACUAUUCCAGCAACUAUUCCAGCAACUAUUCCAGCAACUAUACCAACAAUUAUACCACCAACCAUACCAACAACCACAGCCUCUACAGCGGCGCCGCCGGUUGUUGGAACCACCACAAACGUUGCCUUUGCCCUUGAGUCAUCGUGGCCCGCUGCUGGGACAGCUAAACUGCAGACUUCGUCACUCCCUGCGCCAGUGCCGUGGAUCGUCUCGAGUUGCUUCAAGUAUAACUCUGCCUUUGCCGACUACGACUGGAACAUGGACGAGAACGACGUGUUAAAGACGAAGUCAAGUCGGUUCGACCUCACUGUCACAUGCUCAGACCCGGCAAGCCUGGUGAUCCCGGAGCUGGGUGCCCCCAUGGGCAGUAUCGAUCUGUCCGACGCCCUAUCCAAGCUGUCCAAGCUCAACAACGACUUACACAUCCGCAUGGCCGCCAUCGAAUCACAUCGGUCCGUCAUGACCCUGAACAGCAUCCUCUUCCGCGAGGGCCCGCUAUUCAUCGACAACUUUACGCUCGGAGAGUUCACAAUGAGGUCAACACAGGAGGUCUUCCAGGUGCUGUCGCGGCUCCUCAACAACCGACAGUGCCAUGUGCCACUCGACGGUGCGCAUAAACUCGAUAUCGUGAACCUGCCAGGGCUGGACCGCCAGUUUUCGUCGCCACAUCCCUACGGAGGUGGACACAAUGGCCACGGCCAAGGCUCAAACCCCAACCUUGCCUCCCCCUUCCCAUCCGCCUCUCUGCAGCCGUUGCUGGCUCCUCUUGCCUUGACCAUCACGGCUGUCUUCACCCAGCUCAUAUCCCUCUACGAGGUUUCCCUCAAGCACAUGAUCCUCUGGCUCGAGAACAUCGCCGCCACACCCUUAAGGUCCAUCCUGGGACUCCAGAUCGGCGAGGCGUCGCCACAGGAUCUCUGCGCGCGGGGAAUCCGCUUUUCCAACGCCUCCCUCAACUUCCUGGAGAGAAUCGAGCAGAUCCUCGGCCUCACCGGGCGGCCCGAGUGGGGAGGGCCGGGCCUGCUGUCCAUCCAGCAGAUCGAUCUGCUCUGGAGCGUGCUGGACGGCGGCGAGGGCAUCGCUCCGGGCGACGGCUUCAUGCGGCCGGUGUAUGUGAAGAGGUCGCUCCGGAAGGCAUUGUCGGUCCUGAGCCGAGUCAUGCCCCGGCAAGUGGCUCCUGUAGGCGAGAUGAGACAAAACCAUUGUAAUACAUACUAUGUACAAUAG